AUGGCUAUGCCCCUGGUGGCUCUCGGAUGUCCUUCUUCGACGGAGCAAGUGAUUUUUCUGUGCCUUCUGUUCCUCUUCAUCCUCGUCUGCAAUAUCAUCGUCUUGAUUCUGAUUUACAUGACGAGAAAGAAAAGAUCCCGGAUGAAUAUUUUUAUUGCCGAUCUAGCCAUUGCAGAUUUAAUGGUAGGCUUUUUCUUUGUGUUGUUGGACAUUAUCGAGAAGCUGACCGUAGAAUGGCAUGCUGGGGUAGCCAUGUGUAAAAUGAUUCGCUUCAUACAAGGCGUUGCCACAUACGGUUCCACUUACGCUCUGGUGGCCCUAAGCAUUGAUCGCCUGGACAGUAUAGCUAGACCACUCAAGUCCAUGAGUAAAGAAAAAAGAGUGAAGGGGUUAAUUAUAUUACAGUGGACCUGUGCAGUUCUGUUCGCCACGCCAAUGUUUAAAUUUGACUUAGUGACAAAGGUUAUUCGCAAAUCGGAAAAGACUUUCUGCAUGAUAAAUUUCCCAGAACUUUGGCAUUGGAAGCUCUAUUUAACAUUAGUGGCCAUAGCCGUGUUUAUUAUUCCCGCCAUUCUGAUCGCCAUCUGCUACACAGUCAUUGUGGUGAUUAUCUGGAGGCGGUCUACUGCUAGUGUGGUGACGCGCUACAAUGACGUCGCCCAGAGGAACUGUACCACCAAAGCAUUUAAAAGCAAAAAAGAAGUUAAAUUUCAAGAAACAACAGUAGUAGCUUCGAAGUCAUUAAAUGGACAAGCAUGCCACAAAAUUGGAAAUGCCACCGGAGGAUUAAUACCAAAAGCAAAGAUUAAGUCUAUAAAAAUGACUUUCGUCAUAGUUCUAGCUUUUAUCUUCUGUUGGUUACCCUAUUUUGUGUACGACUUGUACCAACUGUACGGACCAUUCGAUCAUCAAAGACUCGAAGCUGUUACUACUUUUAUACAAAGCCUAGCACCGUUAAACAGUGCAGCAAAUCCAGUCAUUUUCUUAAUAUUUAAUUACAAAUCGUACGUGAAAAUGUUCCGACACGGCUUGCAAAAUCAGGCAACUACAGUUUCGCAAUUAUGAAGAAUACCAGUAACAAAGUUUAGAAAAACACCAACAUGAAAGCCCUGGGAAUUCUGUGGAGUUUGGGGAAACGCUACAGUUCAAAUAUGUUUAAGGAAUAAUCAUAGAGCUUUAUGUUGUGAAAUUAACUCGUGGAAUUCGCCAGGGGAGAUGUAUCGAUCCCAGUACGGAUCAAAGAACGAUGGAUGGUCAACAGGGAAUGAACAAAUGAUCACGUAAAUAACGCAAAGAAGUUUCAUGAAGACCGUUGCUUAACCAUGCUUAAUGAUACAUCCGGCUCUGAAUCUGUUGGACCAGUUGAACCGAGGACCAUAUAUGUACUGAUAAUGGUUACGUAGACUAAUGCCUUUCAGCACAUUUUUUCUGUGAUAUUUUUUGAACAGCUUUUUAGCUCACCUGAGCCGAAGGCUUAAGUCAGCUUUUCUGAUCAAAAUUUGUCCGUUGUCUGUCGUUGUCGUCGUUG